GGUCAAAACAAUCGUAGGCGGAGUUUGUUUCCAGGAAGUGAGUAACGUGACUACGGGCCUCACAUUGUCGCUAACUCAACUUUUCCCUUGUCAUUUCACCGCUAGCAGUUUAUUCAAUCUUUUCAUUAAUCCACAAGUAUGGGUGAUGAUGAAGAGAAGUAUGACGGCAUGCUGCUUGUUAUGGCGCAACAGCACGAAGGAGGGGUACAAGAGUUGGUAAACACAUUUUUCAGCUUCCUCCGCCGCAAAACCGAUUUCUUCACCGGUGCCGAGUCAGGUGCUCCAGAGAAGCUAGUCAAAGAUGCUUUUGCCCACCACAAUAAGCUAGCGCAGAAGGCCCACAAAGAGAGGCAGAUGAAACAGGAGAAGGAAAAGAAAGAGAAAGCCGAACGAGCUGCCAAGCUAGCAGAGGAAGAGAGGAAGAAGAAAAGUGACGACGUCCCCAGAAUUCAGGAGCUGACUGACGAAGAAGCAGAGAAACUUCAGUCUGAACUUGACAAGAAAAAGAAAGAAGAGGAGAAAAUGGUGGAUGUAACAACAAAUGCAGAAAAGUCAUCUGACAAAGCAGAAAAAGAGAAGGGGUCUGACUCAGAAGGAGAGGAGGAUGAGAAGGACAAAGACAAACUGAAGCCUAAUGCAGGAAACGGAGCUGACCUGCCAAACUACAAGUGGACACAGACCCUGUCUGAAGUUGAUCUGGCUGUGCCUUUCGAUGUGAAGUUCCGCAUUAAGGGGAGAGAUGUAGUGGUGGACAUCCAGCGACGCUCCAUCAAGGUCGGCCUGAAGGGACACCCUCCUGUUAUUGACGGCCAGCUUUACAACGAGGUGAAGGUAGAGGAAAGCUCCUGGCUCAUCGACGACGGCAAAGUUGUUACAGUCCACCUGGAAAAGAUAAAUAAAAUGGAGUGGUGGAGCAGGAUUGUUACCACAGAUCCAGAAAUUAACACCAAGAAAGUCUGUCCAGAGAACUCCAAGCUGUCAGACCUGGAUGGAGAGACGCGUGGUAUGGUGGAGAAGAUGAUGUAUGACCAACGGCAGAAAUCAAUGGGCCUGCCUACAUCUGAAGAGCAGAAGAAACAAGACAUUCUUAAAAAGUUCAUGGCGCAGCACCCAGAGAUGGAUUUCUCUAAAGCAAAGUUCAGCUGAGACUGGCUGUUGUCAGGUUCACCUGUAGAAUCUGCGUUAUGAUUCAUGUAAAUCAUAUCGGAGGCACCGUCGGGCACCAACCAACAUCUGUACUCCUGAUACUGGACACGGUUUAGUUGACUAACAUGUCUUAAGUGCGUAGGCUCAUGCGUUUUGUUUUUGCCAUGAUAAGGUGGAUGACUGCAGUGCCCACAAUUCUCCCUUUGCAUGUCCUCUCAAUAUUUAAAGAUGUGUCUGGAUUUUUUUAAAUAAAUGAAUAUAAAAUCAAA